UACACGCGGCCGAAUAGAAGUUGGGGAUCGGAGGUUUGUGAAGUAGUAUCUGAUAAGGACGGAUACGAGAUCUUCGGAGGGUCUGUCCCUUUGUAUACCUGCUUUCUCCGUCCCGAGCCAGGGAAUGUCUACGGAAACUGCCGAUAUUUGCUAGGAUCGUGAAUGGAAAGUAUUCACAAACUGGACCAUCACCUUCCAGUUCAUUUCCCAAGUCUUGGCAUUGUGCUCUAUUUGAUUACAGGAGCGACAGAAUUCCCGAAUAAUGGAAACCUUCGCAGAGGGGGCCCGGGCCUGGGUCAGACACAGAGAACAGCUGCUUCCGUGCACAGUCAGCUCCUGUGAGGACGGUGAUCUCGUCCUCACCACAGACUACGGAGAGGUAAUCUGCCUGCAGUCCAGCGAGGUGAGCAGAGAGAAACUAUAUGCCAUGCAUCUAUCCAGCAUCAAUGGGGUGGAGGACAUGUCAACCCUGGCUGAGCUGCACGAAGCUGCCAUCAUGCACAACCUGUACAUCCGCUACUGGGAGGACUGUAUCUAUACCAACAUCGGCUCUAUCCUGGCUGCGGUGAACCCCUACAAGCAAAUCCCCGGGCUGUAUGACCCGGCUGCCGUGGACCUUUACAGUCGCCACCACCUGGGGGAGCUCCCGCCCCACAUCUUCGCUGUGGCCAAUGAGUGCUACCGCUGCCUGUGGAAGAGGCACGACAGCCAGUGCGUGCUCAUCAGUGGGGAAAGUGGUGCUGGGAAGACAGAGAGUACCAAGUUGCUUCUGAAGUUCCUGUCGGUCAUGAGCCAAAAUUCUUAUGGGACCCCACCUUCCGAGAGGACCACCCGUGUGGAGCAGGCCAUUGUACAGAGCAGUCCCAUCAUGGAGGCCUUUGGGAACGCCAAAACUGUUUACAACAACAACUCCAGUCGCUUUGGCAAGUUCAUCCAGCUGCACUUCUCGGAAGGUGGACACAUUCAGGGGGGCUGCAUUGUCGACUAUUUACUUGAAAAGAAUCGUGUGGUGCGUCAGAACCCUGGAGAGAGGAACUAUCACAUCUUCUACGCACUAUUAGCUGGUGCUGAUCAGGAUCACAGAGAGUUGUACUUCCUUGAAGAGCCAAAGAACUAUCACUACCUACGGCAGUCUGGAUGUGUGAAAGACAAGAGCCUGAAUGACAAAGAUCUCUUUGACAGUGUGAUGGAAGCUCUGAAGGUCAUGGAAUUCACGGAGGAGGAGAUCCGUGAUGUCUUCAAAUUGUUGUCUGGAGUUCUGCAGUUGGGCAAUAUUGAGUUCAUGACGGCCGGAGGGGCCCAGAUCACAACCAAAGGAGUGGUCAGUAAUGUUAGUGAUCUGCUGGGGCUAGACUCCUUCCAGCUUUCGGAGGUUCUCACCCAGCGCUCCAUGAUCCUGCGAGGAGAGGAGAUCUGCUCCCCCCUGACCGUGGAGCAGGCCGUUGACUCCCGUGAUUCCGUUGCCAUGGCUCUAUACUCCCAGUGCUUCUCUUGGAUCAUCAUGAGGCUGAAUCAAAAAAUCAAAGGGAAGGACAACUUCAAGUCUAUCGGAAUCCUGGACAUAUUUGGUUUUGAGAACUUCGAGGUGAACCGGUUUGAGCAGUUCAACAUUAAUUAUGCCAACGAGAAGCUGCAGGAGUACUUCAACAAACAUAUCUUCUCCUUAGAACAGCUGGAAUACAACAGAGAGGGAAUACAUUGGGAGGCCAUUGACUGGAUGGACAACGCUGAGUGUCUAGAUCUAAUAGAGAAGAAACUCGGCAUGUUGUCCCUCAUCAAUGAGGAGAGCCGCUUUCCAAAAGGCACUGACUGCACCUUGCUGGAGAAGCUCCAUAGCCGGCAUGCUACAAAUCCUUACUAUGUGAAGCCCAGGGUGGCUGACCACCAGUUUGGUAUCAAGCACUAUGCCGGAGAGGUGCUUUAUGAUGUUCGUGGGAUCCUAGAGAAGAACAGAGACACAUUCAGAGAUGACAUUUUAAACAUGCUGAAGGACAGCAGGUUGGACUUUAUCUAUGACUUGUUUGAGCGUGUGGGGAGCCGGAACAGCGAGGAAACGCUGAAAAUGGGCACCGCUAGGCGUAAGCCUACAGUCAGCUCUCAGUUCAGGGACUCCCUUCAUUCCCUGAUGGCCACCCUGAGUGCCUCCAACCCCUUCUUCAUCCGUUGCAUCAAACCCAACAUGGAGAAGACGCCUAGUGUCUUCGACCCAGAAGUGGUCCUGAAUCAGCUGCGGUAUUCCGGGAUGCUGGAGACUGUAAAGAUCCGACGGGCUGGGUUCCCAGUGCGCAGAACAUUUCAGGACUUCCUCAGCCGAUACAAAAUGAUCAUGAAGAAGAAGAACUCCAGCGGUGAAGAGAAACAGAUGUGUGCUGGCCUGCUGGCGACGUAUGACAGCGCGCAAAAGGAGUGGCAGCAAGGGAAGACUAAAGUGUUCCUGAAGGAAGCGCUGGAGCAGAGACUGGAGAAGGAGAGGGAGGAGGUGCGGUACAAGGCGGGCAUGGUGAUCCGAGCCCACAUCCUGAGCUAUGUGGCCAGGAAGCACUUUAAGAAGGUGCGGACCAACAUCAUCAUCAUCCAGAAGAACUACCGUGCUUACUUCUGGAGGCGCGCCUUCCUGCGUCUGCGCCUGGCCACUCUGGUCUUCCAGAAGCACCGCCGUGGACAGCAGGCUCGUAGCCUCUGCUGCAAGCUGCGAGAAGAGAAGAGGAGAAGGGAGGAAGAGGAGAGGCGCAAGAGGGAGGAAGAGGAGAGCAGAAGGAGGGAAGAGGAGGAGCGCAGAAGGAGAGAGGAGGAGGAGAGGCAGCAGAGAGAGGAGGAGGAGAGGCUGAAACAGGAGGAGGAGAGGCUGAAACAGGAGGAGGAGGAGCGGCUGAGGCAGGAAGAGGAAGAAGAGCGAAAGAGGAAGGAAGAGGAAGCAGAGAGGCUCCGUGUCCAACAAGAAGAGGAGUUAAAGAGGAGGCAGGAGGAGGAGGAACUGAAGGCUAAACAGGAGUUGGAGUCCCAACAGAAAGAUCUGACUCUGGAGCCAUCAUCUUCAUCCCGGAGUGUGUCCGAGGAGGAGAGCCGUCAGAUGGAGGAGAUCCUGCGUCUGGAGCAAGAGAUCGAGCGGCUCCAAAAGCAGCGGGAGGAUGGAGUGUCCCAGCUGUGUGAGCGCGGUAGGGAGGAGCUUCAGCGGCAGCGUGAUGCUGAGAUCUACCGGCUGGAGAAGGAGGCCUCGCGUGUGGCUACAGAGUUCCUGGAGCUGCUGGACUUUGGGGUCUUGGAGCAAUCUGUCUCAAGUGAGGAGAACCUUCAUGACCUCUCAGAUAGCAGUGCCCCACUGGCUGAGGAGGAGGCAGAUGAGGGCUUCCCUGCAGAGGAUGAGCGCAUCCACCUGCCUGACUUUCCAUCUGCUGUGGGAAACCCCUUGGAUCAGGAGGACUUCUCCAGCCUGCCUCCCCCCCCACCUACAUUUGCAGAGGAGCUGCAGCCAACCAUAUCUCCCAGCCCUUUACCCCCACCACCGGUUCCAGACUGCGCCAAGGAGGACGAUGAGCCAGACUAUGCAAGCAUCGACAUGCCAGAAUCUGAGGACCCCAUCUACAGCAAGCCCCCAGACACGGAGUCAGACUAUGACCAGGACGAGGCUGAGGAAGCCCGACACGGCUAUGAAGACGCCGCCAGCACUAACGGAGGUCACAUGACUGACGAGGAGGUCCUCCGUAAGUCCUGUUGCACCUACAACAGCUUGGACUCGUACCGUGACAGCUCUGAAUCUUUCAUUGACAGUGAUGAUGACAAUGAUGUGGACACAGAUGAGGAGGUGUCCAAUGGCAGAGUCAGUCUGCUCAACGGGAGUGGGCCUCCAUACUUUCACAGUUACCUCUACAUGAAAGGUGGGCUGAUGAACCCAUGGCGCCGACGCUGGUGUGUCCUGAAAGAUGAGACCUUCAUGUGGUUCAGAGCCAAGCAGGAGUCCCUCAAGUCUGGGUGGCUGUACAAGAAGGGCGGCGGCCUGUCCACUCUCUCCCGGAGAAACUGGAAGAUGCGUUGGUUUGUCCUGCGGGACUCGAAGCUCAUGUACUUUGAGAAUGACAGUGAGGAGAAGCUGAAGGGAACCAUCGACAUCCGGACAGCCAAAGAAAUAGUGGACAAUCAUGAGAAGGAGAAUGCAUUGAACAUUGUCACUGAGGAAAGGACCUUCCAGGUCUUUGCAGAAUCACCAGAGGAUGCCAGUGGCUGGUUCAGUGUGCUGAGUCGCGUCCACAGUGCCACCCCGGAGCAGCUGCUGGAGAUGCAACAUGAGCAGGCUAACCCUAAGAAUGCCAUGGGAACGUUGGAUGUCGGGUUGAUUGAUUCUGUCUGUGCCUCCGACAAUCCAGACAGGCCCAACUCCUUUGUGAUUAUCACAGCCAAUCGGGUGAUCCACUGUAAUACAGACACGCCAGAGGAGAUGCACCACUGGAUCAGCCUUCUGCAGAAGCCAAAGGGCGACUCCAGGAUCGACGGCCAGGAGUUUGUGAUUAGAGGCUGGCUACACAAGGAGAUGAAAUCGGGUGGAAAGAGCACCUCCCUCAAACUAAAGAAGCGCUGGUUUGUGCUGACCAACAACUCCCUGGACUACUACAAAACCUCAGAGCGCGGAGCCUCGAAGCUGGGCACGCUGGUCCUGAAUAGCCUUUGCUCUGUGGUGCAUCCAGAUGAGAAGGUCUUCAAGGAGACGGGCUAUUGGAACAUUAUUGUUCAUGGGCGCAAACACUCUCACCGCCUCUACACCAAGAUGCUGAACGAGGCCAUGAGAUGGACCUCUGCCAUACAGGGAGUCAUAGACAACAAGGUUCCCAUUGAGACCCCUACCCAGCAACUAAUCCGGGACAUCAAGGAGAACAGCCUGAACCCAGAGGCAGUGGAGCAGACGUAUCGGAGGAACCCCAUCCUCAGAUACACCCAGCACCCACUGCACUCGCCCCUACUGCCACUGCCAUACGGGGAAGUCAACAUCAGCUUCCAAAAAGAGAAGGGCUAUGCUAGCCUGCAGGAUGAGGCAGUAAAGAUUUUCAACUCACUCCAGGAGAUGGAAGUUGUGUCAAACCCAGUGCCUAUCAUCCAGGGCAUUCUACAGACAUGCCAGGACCUGCGGCCCUUACGGGAUGAAGUGUACUGCCAGCUGAUCAAGCAGACCAAUCAUGUUCCGCAGCCCAACAGCCCAGCCAAUCACGCGCACUGGCAUCUGCUCACUUGCAUGAGCUGUUCCUUCCUGCCCAGUCGCUCCAUUCUGCGCUACCUCAGGUUCCACCUCAAGAGGAUUAAGGAUCAGUUUCCAGGGACUGAAAUUGAGAAGUAUGCUCACUUUAUUGGGGAGUCCUUGAAAAAGACCAAGUCCAGGGAAUACGUGCCAUCCCAGAGUGAGAUUAUGGCCUUACGGAUGAGACAGGAGAUGACCACCACUGUUCACUGCCAUGGAGGUGGAUCCUGCAAAAUCAGCAUCAACUCACACACCACCUCUGGGGAGGUGGUGGAGAAGCUGAUCCGGGGACUGGCUAUGGAGGAUAGCAGGAAUAUGUUCGCCCUCUUUGAGCACAACAACACCGCAGACCGGGCUGUGGAGAGCCGGGUCUUUGUGGCUGAUGUGCUGGCCAAAUUUGAGAGGCUGUCAGGCAGUGAGGAGGAGGAAGAUGGAAAAUGGCGUCUCUAUUUUAAGCUUUACUGCUUCCUGGAUGUGGAGAAUGUGCCGAGAGAAGGGGUGGAGUUUGCCUUCAUGUUUGAGCAGGCCCACGAGAGCCUGAUCCACGGCCACUUCCCUGCCCCAGAGGAGACCCUGCAGCACCUGGCCGCCCUGCGCCUGCAGUACCUUCACGGCGACGUGGGUCGCGGCGGCUGGAGCCUGGAAACCAUCUACCCCGUGGGGCGCCUGCGGGCCCGCAUCCUGCAGUCAACCAAGGCGGGUGCGGGCAGCGGGGCGGCCGGGGCGGGGGCGGGAGCGCCCGGCGCGGCGGGGGCAGGCAGCCACACACUGGAGCGGCGGCGCACCAGCUUCCUGGAUGGUACCCUGCGACGCAGCUUCAAGACGGGCUCGCUGCGUAAGCAGCGCAUGGAGGACGAGCAGAUGCUGGAGAUGUGGGUGCGCGAGGAGAUGUCAGCCACGCGUGCCAGCAUCCAGGAGAAGUGGUCCCACCUGCAUGGCCUUCCCCAGCACCAAGCCAUGUUUAAGUACAUGUCCGUCGUCAGGGAAUGGCCCGGCUACGGCUCCACCCUCUUCGACGUGGAGUGCAAGGAGGGCGGCUUCCCCCAUGAGCUGUGGCUGGGCAUCAGUGCAGAGAACGUCUCCGUCUACAAGCGAGGUGACCCCAGGCCUCUGGAGACCUUCCCCUACGAACACAUCGUCUUCUUUGGAGCACCGCAAGCCAGCACCUACAAGAUCACUGUGGAUGAGAGGGAGAUGUUCUUUGAAACUCUACAGGGUGGAGAGAUCACCAAGAUCAUGAAGGCUUACAUUAAUAUGAUAGUGAAAAAGCGAUGCAGCAUAAGAUCUGUAUCGAGCUGCGGAAGCGCCUGGACCAGGUGAUGAGGAAGGUCCAGUCAGAACACAGUGUCCUCACGCUCAGCGGAUGGAUCCAUCGGAAAUGUCGGUCGUCAACAGAAAGGCUAAUUCACAGAUGCUAAUUGGAAGCAAAGGACUGAUGAAGACUGAAGGGACUAUUACCUCAACCCUGAGGAUUACUGUACAUUCGGAAAGCUGGCACAAUAUAGAACAUAAUAUAUUUAUGUAACUCUUUAAAAUAAGGUUACAAAAACCUAUUUAAUUUGUUCAUUUUGGCUAAAUAUCUCAACUGGUAGGUUUUUUUCCCCUUCUCCCUGGAGACAGAAAGCUGUUGGCUUGUUCUUCCCUUCGUCCCCAAGCUAUGCAAAAAGCUCUCCCUCUGGCUUUCUUUGGUAUGUCCUCAUUUUCAUAGGCACGGUCAGAAAUAUGACUCUUACUCUCAUGCGGGUGCCGGAAUUAAGGCACAGAGCUGUAUGUCCAUUCUCAGUGCCACAAGAUCAAAUAUCCUCUCCCAGGAACUAGUUCUGAAGAUGGCGUCUCUGCUGCUAGCGUCUUGUCAUUAUGCUCUCAGUGAGGGGCCAGCUAUGGCAGUAUGUUAAUUAGAUUUGGAAUCUCAUUUUAUAGUGGGCUGAACGUCAUGUUCCACAGUGUGAUUCUUCAUGGUCAUAAAUGCCCUUCUCUGUACAAUAUUUAGAAGGUGUAGUGUGUUGUUAAGUAAGGGUAAAAUGAUGAAUGACUGUUACAAAUCAGACUGAAUUUAGUCUUCCAGGUACAGGAAGCAGUAUGUCGGCCUGUAUGCAAAAUGGGGAAAGCGUGUUCCAUCCCUGAGCUGAAUGCCUUACACGGUCAUGCUGCUUCCGAGUCUCUCUGUGAUUUAAUUGUUGAGACGUUCUUCCUUGUGGCAGAUAUGCAGAACGUGUCCUCCCAGCAGACUGCCUUGCUCCUACAGUGUUGUACUUAAAUCACUGCUUUAUGAGUUACUCAUGUUCAGCAUUUCACUAUGCUGAGUGGUGCUGGGGUCUCUGUGCUGAUAUUUCCGUAGCCUCUAAUAACUUUUUUAAAACAAAAAAAUCCCAGUGACACCAAAAAUCUGUAUUUUUAGCUGGUAUAAUACAGGUUCUACCAAAUGGAAGUGUUCUUGAAACAAAUUAAAGUAGCAGGUAUCUCUGGAGGAGGAUGUCAAAACGUGUUUUUUUAAAACAGCGAAGGAAUGGUUAUUUAUUGUUUUUCAUUGCAGUUUUUAUAUGAGGGACACCAGUGAUUACAUAGCACACUGUGAACCUGGAAAGCACAGAGAGAGAUGGUGUAAUGAUGAAGUGUGAUGUCACUGUGUGGGAUGGUGGAUCGGUCCUUUAUCGCCAGGAUGUUCAUACAGCACUGCCUGAUUUGACUACUACUGUUACACAGGUUAAUGUCUGGCUGCCGGCAGCCAGACCAGGCCCAGAAUGUACUCGUAUAUUACUGUAGUUAUGAACUUUGUGGAUCUGUGUGUGUGUGUGUGUGUGUGUGUGUGUGUGUGUGUGUGUGUGUGUGUGUGUGUAUGUGUGUGUGAGAGAAAGAGAGAGAGAGAGAGAGAGUAUUAAGAAGGGGAGGCUGUUUUUGUAACUGGCUUUACAAAUUUGUUUAAUAAAUUAUUUGAUUACUGA